AAAACGAUCUUUAUCGUUUUGGCGCGCCUUCUGCACCUCAUUCCAGCAUUUGCUUGAUCCUCAUCACCACCACUACCUCUACCAAGAAGAACAACCAUGGCCUCGACCACUGCCCGCGCGACCCAGUCUGUCAUCAAGACGUGGUUCUCCGACCCCGCGACGUACCCGAUCAUCGGCAUCAUCACGUUUGCCACGGGCAUGUCGACCUUUGCCGGUCUUCGGUACCUCUCCAACAGCCCCGAUGUCACCUUCUCCAAGGAGAAGCGCGGCGCGAUCUUCCACCGGUCGCAUGACGAAGGCGCGUCGUUCCGGUCGCACCGCAUCGACAUGGCCCAUCUGAAACUCAACCCGAUCACGCGCAACGACGACUUUGUCGAGUUUCGUCAGCGCCACAACUAAUAAUAUUCCAUUUAUACGACCCUAAACAACUAUCGAUGCUUCAUGUGCA